AUACAAGGCUCGUCUCACAUAACUUGUAAAAACCGGCAACCACCUGCCGUAAAAAUGAUCACGUGAUUUGUGUCAGUUACGACGCUUCGGUCGCAGCAGCAAAAGGCUGAUUCCCAGUCACAACAUUUGGAAAUAUCGUUGGAAGAGUUUUUGUUCUGGUCCUGACUGUCAGAACAUUUGGACGUUUCCACCCCACGCCGUCUAAUUCGCCAUCAUAAUGCUGAAUUUCUGUCCUCAGUGUGGCUCGAAGUUACAGUCUGGUUUCAGAUUUUGUCCGUCAUGUGGUGGGAAACUGCCAGAAGAGCUAACAGAAGCUGUAGCUUCACAGCCAUCCGAACCACAUCCACACUCUGCGCUUUCAUCUGUGCGCGCCAUUGAAGUCACUUCUGCUGGAGACUCCUCACAAUCUACACUGAAUCGCCCACCUUUGCGUUCAACACGGCGGAAGACCUUGAGUGGCACAGCCACAGAAUCUUUAGAUAAGACGUCUUUGCCAACUUCUCGAAAACGAAAUGCAUCCCCUCUGGUUAAAGAGGAGGAAGAAGUGUCACAGACAACAUCGGCCAUAAUAACUCAAACCCCGGUUAAGAAGUCAUUGACAUCUCCACAAAGAAGAAAGACAUCCCCCCAGGUUAAAGAACAAGAGAACGUGAAACAAACUUUUUCGGUCACACUUCAAACUCCAGAUAAGACGUCUUCGAUGUCACCUCGAAAAUGCAAGGCUUCCCCCCAGGUUAAAGACAAGGAGGCGAAGCAAACAUCUUCAGUUAUUCAAAGCCCAUCCAAAUGCAAAGCCAGGAAGCGUGUGUGCACUGUUGAGCCUGUCCCGGAGGGUACAGUGGUUUGUGACCAGUCCAGCAAAAAAUGGAAGCUGGUUGAACUUCUGUGGCAUACAGAAUUAGAUCUGACAUAUGCAGUGUGCCAGGCAAAUCAGCACGCAGACUCAAAUGAAUGCAAGUACAUGUUGCGACUGGGUGCUAAAGAGGGACAGCUGUUUAAUGAACAGAACUUCCAUCUGAGAGCAGCCAAACCUGAUGCAGUGGAGAAAUGGUUGAAAUUGCACAAACUGGACUUCCUUGGGAUUCCCUCCUGUGUAGGGUUUGGUCUUCAUGAAGCAUAUAGGUUUUUAGUUUUUCCUAGCAUGGGCCAAACUCUACAGACAGUCACGGAUGAAGGGAACUGUACUCUGUCUGAGAAAGCUGUUCUCCAGCUUGCACUACGACUAUUGGAUGCACUUGAAUUCAUUCACGAGAAGGAAUAUGCCCAUGCAGACAUCCAUGCAGGAAAUAUUUACAUCAACACUAACAGUCACCCAGAGGUUUUCUUGUCAGGGUUUGGUCAUGCAUUUAGGUUUUGCCCUGGUGGAAAGCAUGUGGAGUACAGACAGGGUAGCCGCACUGCACACCAGGGUAACCUCAACUUCAUCAGCAUGGAUUCUCACAAGGGGGCUGGUCCCUCUUGUCGUAGUGACCUGCAGUCUCUGAGUUACUGUAUGCUGUAUUGGAUGACAGGCUCACUACCCUGGAGUCACCUCUCUCAAACAAGCUCUGCUAUUGCUGCAGAGAAGGAGAGGUAUAUUUCUGAUAUCCCUGGGCUUGUGAGUUACUGUUACAAACAGAAGAAAGCUUCAGGUGAGCAUGCAUAUUUCUAUUCUCACUUCAUGUGUUUAGUGCUAGUGAAGUACUUACAACCUGGAUAUGAUCCACCAGCACGAAAUGCGAAUACUUGUAUGUGUGUUUUCCAGGGACAGGAGCAGUUCAUUGUCCCCGUGCCUUUUCUUCUCAUCCCGGUGGAACAGAGGGAGCUGAUGACAGCUGAUCCCAUUGCAGAUAGUGAGAGUGAGACACCAAAUGACUUGGCCCCGCCCCCUGUAGAAUCACAUCCAACCAGCGCGUCAAGUGCAAACCAAACAAUGGCUGCUCAGGACGGUAUAAGUGUCUCAUGUCCAGAUGAAGGACAGUCUACUCUGGUACGCACAAGACCAGAGGUUUUGUGUGGAAUGGGGGAGCUGUCUGGGGAUGGAGAGAGCCCAUGGGAUAUGUUCACACAAGAGCUGGCUCUAUUAGGUAGACGUUCCACCUCAGACUCGAAUGACCCAGAACAUGAAAGUCAAUCACUUUUAAAGGAAGUCCCUCCGCUGCCUAUAGCAACAAGCACCCAAGCCCAAUUCUCAAAGCAGAUCUCAGGAGGGAUGUCAGUGGAUGGCAUUACGCUCAGUCAGAGACCAAAACCGACUCAGUUUAGUCCUUCCCACUCGAGCGAUAAGUCUUCUAGAGACCCCAGUCAGGAGCAAGACAAAGACUGUGCGCUGAGUCCUCCCUCGUGGCUCGUCCAUAAUACAGCCCCACCCUCUGAACAGAGGCCCUUAGCGUCUCCACCUGUUGGGCCAAUGCCCUCAGCUUCUCCACCCACCAAAGCCAGGAAACCUCAGGUUGCCACAGCCCUCAGCCAUUUCCAAAUCCCAGGGCAUCUGAUACAGUGGGCAGUGCGUUAUCUGGGGACCUCUGACUGUGGAGAUGUCAGCACUGAAGCUGGUUCAUAAGCAGUUACCUCAAAUGACUUGAUGUUAGUUUUUUUUGUUGUACAAAAG